UUGGAGUGUUUGCCGUGGAAACCAAUGUAUCAUUGCUUGGAAACAAAAAACUAUGCGGUGGUAUACCCGCGCUAAAGCUACCUCUAUGCCCUGUGAAGAAAACAAAACAUAGAAAACAUUCGAAGCUUCUAAUUGUUAUCUUCACAUGUAUCUGUCCGGCUCUGGUGUUUGCAUCAGUCAUUUCCUUUCUAACAUUGUGUUGGAGGAAACAAAAAAGGAUGGAGUCAGCUAAGCCAUCCAAAGUUGAAAAGCUUUCCAAAAUCCCAUAUAGAGACCUGCAUCAAGCUACUGAUGGUUUCUCUGAGACAAAUUUGAUCGGUUCGGGAAGUUUUGGCUCUGUUUACAGAGGAAGAUUUGAGCAAGGUGGAGGAGAACACACAAUUGCGGUGAAGGUACUUGACCUUCUAAAAAAUGGAGCUUCAAAGAGUUUUCUUGCAGAAUGUAAAGUGUUGAGGAACAUACGCCAUCGAAAUCUUGUUCCUAUUUUGACCUGCUGCUCGAGUUGUGAUUUUGGUGGUAAUGACUUCAAAGCUUUAGUUUAUGAAUUUAUGGAAAAUGGGGAUCUGGAUAUGUGGUUGCAUGCACAUUCAUCUAGUACAAGGACAAUUGUUCUAAGUGUUCUUCAAAGGCUAAACAUUGCAAUUGAUGUUGCUUCUGCGUUGCAUUAUCUCCAUGAUGAUUGUGAACCAAGAGUUGUUCAUUGUGAUCUAAAGCCAAGUAACAUUCUUCUUGACAAAGACUUAACUGCUCAUGUGGGAGACUUUGGAAUCUCAAGGCUUUAUUCACAUACAAUUGGAGAUCCAAUUGGUGAACAAACUAGUACCAUUGGAUUAAAGGGGUCAAUUGGUUAUAUUCCACCAGAGUACGGGAUAGGAGCAAAUGCAUCAACUUUUGGAGAUGUGUAUAGCUUUGGAAUCCUUUUAUUGGAAAUGUUCACAGCUAAAAGACCCACGGAUGAUUUAUUCAAUGGUGAAUGUAACAGUCUUUGUGAGUAUGUGGAGAUGGCGUUGCUAGAGGAAGUGAUAGAGAUAGUAGACCCAUUGCUUUCAGCAUGCCUAGAAAGCAGUCAUGGAAUAUCACCGGAUGUAGAGUUGGAGAAUCAUGGCAAUUUGGUGGAAAUUGAAGAGAGCAAGGUGCAUAAUUUCUUUCUCUCCAUCUUCAAAAUUGGACUCACUUGUGCUUCAAUAUCACCAAUGGAUCGCAUGCAUAUGAAUGAAGUGAGCAGGGAAUUACAGAAGAUUAAGAAGGCCUUCUUUGCAUAAAAUUAAGCAAGCAUGUCCUGUGACAUACAAUAUCUCCAUGGGUGAUAAACUAGCUAGCAACUAAGAAAAGCU